AUGCAGCUCCCUGCCUUUCUUCUGUGUCUGCUGUUGAUCGCCGCACUGACCAGCGCCGGUCCCGUUUAUAAGGACUUCUACGAGAUUCCAGAAGAGGCAUCGUCGUUCGCUGUACACAUGAAGCGACACGGUACGUACAUCAUAUGUUGUCUAGAGAUAUAUGAUGAGGGCAGAUUUUAUGGAGGUAGGAAUCGACGAUUCACUUAUGCUGAGUUACAUAAGUAGCC